CCUUUUCGAACCAACAACUCCUUUUCUAGGGGACAACCCUGGAAUGAUAAUCCUAGUCUUGGGGAGGCGCUGAAGAAUCCUUCCAUAACAUCCCCGAAUAUGUGCGUUUGAUAUUCUUCACACCCCACCCCUCCGUGGGAUUUUUUUGUCGAUGAGGACAUGGGUGUUGAGUAGGACUAUGGAACAAGCAGAGAAUAAAACUCGGGCCUUUGGCUCCUACCGACCGUUUAGUCAGGUUCUCAGGUCGAUUUCAUUCGUAUCAGUUUCAUUCUCUGCGAGAUACAGGCAACAGACAUGUCAACCUGCCGGCACCUCCAAAUACUUCCCUUACUAUGGCUUAUUCUGAGCUGGUUGGCCAGCCCAGCAGUAGCGGCGACGUGCUACAAUAGCCGAGGCCUUCGAUGGACGUUCACUAACGAUGAGCCAGUCGAGGCCUGGCUGCCGUGCGAUCCCACCGCCAAAGCUACCAAUUGCUGUAGUCCCCGUGACUUUUGCAUGUCCAAUGGGCUUUGUAUGGACGCCGUAAUCGAUAAUAUGAUCAGCCAACAGGGCUGUACGGAUCAAGGUUGGGGAGAGCCGUGUCAGAAUUACUGCGGCGGAACUCAGAGCGAUGCGGCAGGGCUUCACUUCUUGUGGCGUUGUGAAGGGCAAUCGCACUGUUGUGGUAACAAUAGGUCAAUAACUUGCUGCGAGGACCUAGGGGUUCAAACGUUCGUCCUCGAAGUUGGGACUCAGAUGUUCAACCCGCCCACUGAGGCUAGCAGCAGCACGGCAUCCUCUAGUACAGCAUCACCAUCCAGUAUGGCAUCCUCUGGCAAUUCUGCCACCGCCGCCAACGAGUCUACGCCACCUGAGACCUCUGCACCGACAUCGAACAACGACAACAGAAAUCUAUCUAUCGGUCUUGGUGUUGGAAUACCUAUAGGCCUAGCACUCAUCGGAGCUGUGGUAUUCCUUGCGUUCCAGGUCCGAAAACGGACCAACCAAGCGAACGCGAACCCAGGGCCUCCAAUACAGCAGCAGUGGUGGCCGUCUCCAGAAGCUUACAAGCCCGCAGAGCACACCGAGAUAGCCGCUUCGUCUUAUUCAUAUCCACGAAACAAUACUGCAGAGCUUUCGGGUGUUGCUCCUCGGUCGGAACUCAAGGGAACGGAAAUAUAACACAUGCAGCGAAGCGAGAUGCAGUUUGGCACAGCUGUAAGUAUGUUUGAUUCGCAUUACUAGUAGAACUAUUUCUCUGCGCUAUGAAAGGACUACACGGAACGAUGGCUAUGAAAAUUAUUCGAGUGUGCAUAUACCUAUAUGGUGAGACAUACGAUGCUGCUCUUAGAUGACAAUUAUGAUAGUUAAUAUUUAAUCAUGAUUUCUUACCGCCGUGA